CAAACAUUUGAGGUCAACCGCAAUUCCAAGAGUAGAAGAAUAAGAACAGCUGAUAUCAGGCUGAGUUAUAUUUACUCUCAGUCCGUCAGACCUUUGAAAGUUAUUUAACGAAUUGAAGUUAUAGAGUAUCUGCUGCGUUUCUACAUUAUCAAACCCUGAUGGUGUUGUGUCGGCUAGUUGCAGUUCUCUCCCUGCUCUGUGGCUAACCCCUAAAAAAGGAAGCAAUGAACUUCCAGGGUGGUCGGAGGAGAGGUGAGGAUGGCAUCGCCGUGGUAAUUGACUUCUUGCUGUCUAAUGCCCGGCUGGUUCUGGGAGUCGGGGGAGCUGCAAUGCUAGGAAUCGCUACCCUGGCUGUGAAACGGCUGAUAGAGCGCGCUGGUCGUGCUGCGGAUGAUGAAAAGGUGGAGCAGAAGAUGGCCGAGAGCUGGGAGGAGCUGAGUUUGGUGUCGGCGUCGCCCACGCUGAUCAAGAAGGGCAUAAAGGGUGUGGUGAUGAAACAUGUCGCAAAGGCAACGAGACAACAGAAAGGUAUCAACCGACUCUCAGCUACUGAAAGUUUUCAGACUAAGACACAGACUGACCUGAGCCAGCAACCUCAGAUGUCGUCUCCUGAGGUUCAACCUAAACCUGAAUCAAAGUCCAAGAGGCUCCAGCUGUGCGUCCUCAGCCUGCAGGAGCGGCUGCAGCAGUACUAUCACACCAGGGCGGCCCUCGCUCCACAGGAGGUCCAGAGAGCUCAGUCUGUGGCUCUGGAAAUCUGCACAGAGAUCCAGGGCUUUCUGCACAGCCGACUCCCUGACAUGCCCCUGGGAGAAAUGAGCCUCGGAGGUUCUCUACUUGAUGACCUGCAGGUGGUAAGUGCAGACCAUGCGUGUCUGCUGGUGCCUCUACAGCUUGAAGCCUCACUGUGGCGUCUCAUCCCCGGGGAGGAAACACUGCUCACACACCCACUGCACUGGAUGGUCCGACGGAUCAAUCUGGAAUAUUUUCCCAGAGGACGCAGCUACUGGGACAGGUACCUGGUGGGUGGUUACCUGUCUGCAGAAGCUGUUGUAAACAUGUUCAGUAAAGCUGUCAUGGAAACUAUUAACUGGCCGUCCAUCAGCAGCACUCUGGACUGUCUCGUCAGACCUGUUCUGGGAGGACCAGACCUCAGGAUCGAGAUAAGGCCCGGAGAAGAAACCGAAGGAGCAGAAAGCACUGAUCCACCGCUCUUCAUCACCAUGUUGCCUCUGCUGAGGGAGGAGGAUGUGGUUCUGACCUGCCAGACUGAGCUCACCUCUCCCUGGGUCAAUGCCUGGCAUCUGUCCCUGUACCCGUGGGAGACCCAGCGCCUGGCUCAGCUCGACACAGCUGAUGGAGGAUGCCGCAGACACACACUUAAAAUCCUCAAAGCAGUGUGCAAACUGAACCCGGCCCUGAGAUCCCUCGAGGCCGCUCCGCUGGCCAACCUCAUCCUGCACCUCAGUGACAGUGAGAGCGACUGGUCCGAGGGCAGCCUGCAUGUGAGGGUCCAGCAGUGUAUCACAGAGCUGAUUGGCUACCUGGAACAAGGGGCGCUGCACAGUUACUUCAAGCCGGCAGUGAAUCUGCUGAGCGGCUUGUCAGAGGACCAGGUGGACCAGAUGGGCUUCAUGCUAUACUGUGCUGUGUCAGAGCCGGAAAUACUGCUCAUAUAACAAACAUGAGACCAGCACGGAGGCAGAGCCGUAGUUUUCUUCAGCCAGUCUACUCUUGGUCAUUAGCUUCUCCGUUCUUCUUAGAUACAAGGAAACACAGUACUGCAGGAGUGACAAUAUGGCAGGCACCAUGCACUGAUGUGUACACUAAAGGAGGAGAAGCUAACAGGAGACUGCACAUGGGAAAGUGAUCAAUGAGCUAAGCUAUUCAGUUGAGGAAAUGAGAAGUGCCAAGGAAAGGAGCUAAGGAAGUGGUUAUCAAGAACAAUGUGCCUAAUCACACAAAGCAUAGACAAGUCUGUGUUUAAGUGUCUGUGAUAAUGGUUUUUCGCAGGGUGUCUGGGAGAACAAUAAUUAUCAGUCUAUCCAUUAACAGCAGGGAGGCAGUAGAGUGUAUUGCUUUGGUGCGCUUUUUUUCUGUCUGUCUCCUAAUUGAUAGUCUGCUCUGCAUAAUUCUGCUAAAUCUCCUUUAAUAUAUUGUAGCUAUGCAGAAAUAUACGUCCUGAGUCUGACUUGUUGAUUGUGUGUGUACAUUUUCUCAAACAGGAGGUAACAGUGUCGCAGUAUUUUGUUCGUCUUGUCGCCUAUCUUAUUUCGGUAAACUAACUCUUUAAAUUAUGGUUGCAGUUGCCUAAUAAUUUUAAGCACUUGCUUUUAAACACAGUAUGAAUGUUGUGGCUUUCUCUUCAGUUGUGUUUUCUUGAGUGUUGAGUGAAAGAAAAUUGGAUUUUCUGUGAGUGAAAAGUGACCGCAAAUAAAAAUUAAAGCAAUUGUUUAGAUUCUCA